GGUUUCUUCCAAUAAUUGACAGAUGUCACCAAUUUGUAAAUGAAGAAAUAUAAUAAAUAAUCGUAAUUAAAAAUAUAGAAAAAACGAAAACGAUACUAAUUGCAUAUGAAUCAAGAUAAUGACAAAUUUCCAGGAAUAUUGAUUCGUUUAUCAGUUUCAGUAUGUUGGUAGUAUGUGUGAAAUGUCAUAUGUCAAAACAAUUUAACAUCACAACAUUAUUUUACAAUGGACGCCUCAUAUUGUUUAUGUGGUCGGCCUUAUGAUCCAAACAUAUUUAUGAUACAAUGUGAUGCAUGCAAAGAUUGGUUUCACAGCAGUUGCUGCAGCUUUCAAGAACAUCUGGCCAUAGAAAUAGAUAGGUACCAUUGUCCUAGAUGUGUUCCACUAUAUGGCCCCUCAAUUUACAAACCGUACAUAAACUGGCACAGGCAUGAUUUUUGGGAUGAAGAUGCCACAAAUAAACCUGUGCAGACUGGCACUGCAAUAUUUAUCAGGGAAUUACGUGCCAGGCAUUUUGCAAGUGAAGGUGAAGUGGUUGUACACAUGCGAGGUCAGCAAAUGACAGAAGCUGUCUUGCAAUCACAAGGUUUCAACAGCCCCAUUGUUGUUGAUGGAAAAGAUGGCUUAGACAUGACAAUGCCACCCGAUAACUUUAGUUUGUAUGAUGUCGAAGCUUAUGUUGGCAGUGAAAAGGAAAUUGAUGUUAUCGAUGUAACAAGGCAGAGCAACAUCAAAAUGAAACUCAGGGAUUAUGUCGAAUAUUACAAUACUUUAAACAGAAAUAGGGUGUUUAAUGUUGUCAGUCUGGAAUUCUCAAACUCUGGGUUAGCUACUUUGGUGGAGGCCCCCUUAAUAGCUAGAAAACUGGAUUGGGCCAAUUGGGUAUGGCCAAGAGAUUAUGCCGGUAGACCUCAGGUGGGCAAAUACUGCCUGAUGAGUGUCAAGGGCUCUUACACGGAUUUUCAUAUAGAUUUUGGGGGUACAAGUGUUUGGUAUCACAUUCUACGUGGCGAGAAGAUUUUUUACUUUGUCAGCCCCACAAUGGCUAAUUUAACACUGUAUCAACAAUGGAUGACUUCAACAAAUCAAAGUGAAACGUUUUUUGGCGAUCAAGUUGAUAAGUGUUAUAAGUGUAUAUUAAGACAGGGGCAAACAAUGUUGAUUCCAACUGGAUGGAUACAUGCUGUGUACACCCCUGUAGAUUCGCUGGUCUUUGGAGGAAACUUUUUGCACAGCCUGAACAUGCCCAUGCAACUAAGCGUUUAUGAUAUUGAGAAGAAAAUUAAAACCGAACAAAAAUUUUUAUACCCGAAUUUUGAGAUGAUGAACUGGUUUGCUGGCUCAAAAUUAUUAGAACAACUCGUAGAAUUAAACACUGAAGAAAGAAAAUGCCCCACUUACCUUCUGUUAGGUCUGAAACAACUAUUAAUUAAUUUAAAACACUGGAAUACAGAAAAAGAUGUAAGUUCCAAAGCAAACUAUAAUCCUGCAGUUAGAGAACAAAUUCCCUUCACCAUUAACGUUGCAAAGUUAUUGAAAGAUAUCGCAAAGGAAAUAAGGCAUGCUGAAAGGUACAUCAACCAUUUAAACCCGCCUAAACCUGAGAGGGAGUCCAAAAGGAAAAGAAAAAAACCUAUUAACAAAGAUUUUGUGGAUUAUUCAAUGUCGCCCAAGGCUUCAACACAUGAUUAUAUUCCAAUCCCAGAUGCCAUGGUAAAAUACCCAAAACCAGGUAUAAAAGUGACGCUACCGAAGCCGGCUGUAAUACCAUACGAGAAUACCAAUACGCUGCUGAACGAUGGGCCAGAUGGCGACCAGUUGGGUUGGGGGGUGCCGAAUUUCGAGAGGCCCGAAGAAACGAUCGCGAUACACCGCGGCGGCACCGUUUUGAAGUUCAAAAUCGGCACGAAAGACUUGAUACCGUCGGCCGCGGUCGCUCAAACUGAUCCCGCGGCGAUUCCCGAGGAUCGCAUCUACGAUUUUCACGACGAGAGCGACAGAGACGAAGACUGCUUUAAAUUUACGAUCGACGAAAAUCCGGCGCCGCCUCCAAGCAAAAAGAUCAAAAAACCCGCCGGAAUCAAGAUGCGCCUGCCUGUCAAAAGCAAAAAGCCCAAAGACAACCCCGACGAGCCGAAAAACGGCAUCGAAUCGCUGUUGAAAGCGUCAGCUCUAAGCGCCGCCCCUGACAGAACGUCGCCCUCAACGCAGGAAGCUAUAGCAGGCAUGCUCUCGAUAAGCCAGACGACCUACGUGCAACCUGGAAAAUCGCAGCGAUCCAGAAAGUAUGGCAACCUCUCCCCCCCUUUCGAGGAGGAAAACAUUAAAAACGUCCAUCAAGAUGACGACUACGUUUAUCCGUCUUUAGAUAAUUCGGACGAUGAAGACGUUCAUAUAUUUAAACCGAGAGGCAGGUCGAAAGUGGACGAGCCGUGGAACCCGAAGGCGCGAGUCGGGCCGCUGUUGCCGAAAAUGAACCGGCCCGCGAGAGAGGGCACGAAAAAGCAGGCGGUCGAGAAGGUUUUAGAGGCGGCGGCCGCCAAAAGAGCCAACGAAUCUCCCGAAAAGUCGCCUAAGCGCCAAUAUCGUCGCAAAAAGCUUAAGCCAAAGUCGGAUAUAAAAAGUCCAUCAACUGCUACUUCAAACGCAAGUACCUCUGGAGCGGCUACACCAGUUUCGCCUCCAAAACCUCGUAAGGGGAUGAAGACUGUUAAACAACGAUUAGGAAAAAUUCUAAAAAUACACAAAAUGAUCCAUUGAUGACGAUGAUGAUGGUGAUAUUUCUAUAUAUAUAUAAUAAUUUAUUCAUGAAUUUUCAGUAUUUUAUUCUUCACAUGUUUUUUAAUUCCUAGUAUGUAUAUGGUUGCGAAAAUUCUAAUCUAAAUCGUGUUCAAAAUUAUACAUUCCUGGUGGGGCUUGAUAAAAAAAUUCAAUUUACAGGUAGAUUUAAUUUUUUUGACGAGCACAAAACCAAAAUUUAAGGUAUAAAAUAUAUUUAGUGCUUAAAAUUGAUGUGCCAUUUUGUAUUCAAUUUUUACUAAGCCUCUUAGUAUCUUACACAUUGUAAAUAUCGGUGUUUUCUAUUGUGAUAUAUUUCAUUUAUAGUUUUCUAAGUACGGGUUUUAAAUAGUCUUAAACUAGACUAUAUUAUUUAUUUAAUUUUGUGAUUUGUGUAUUUUAUACCUUAAAAACUAAAUUAGGGUUGAUAUAUUAAUUUCAGGGAAUUUUUGAACGUUUACAAAAAGCAUGUGCAUAUAUAUAUUAGGGUGUUUCAUUUUUAGGCGA